CAACCCUCUGGAAGAUCUGCCAUCUGAGCGUAGGGUGGGUUUUGCACUUCCCGGGACCUCGGUCCAGCCAUACGUAGGGUCAGAGGCACUGAGGGAUUUGUAAACCUGUGAUCGAGCUCACCAGCAUUGAGCCUUUGGUCUCCUCAUCUCUGUUUGGUAUUUAUAGGUCUGUCUCUCCUCCCAGGAUUACAACAAAAGCCCGACAUGCCUCUUGGAACACCUGCCCCCCUAAACAAGCGGAAAAAGCUCGCCAAGAUCAUAACUGACCUAUCGCAUAUCACUCAAGAUGAGUAUGAGUCGGAGCCAGAGGCAUCUGAGUUCGACCUGGGAACUAAGAUCAGGACUCCCAAAGACAUCAUGCUGGAGGAGCUUUCCCUGCAGAAGAACCGAGGCUCCAAGAUGUUCAAGAUGAGGCAGCAGAGAGUGGAGAAGUUCAUCUACGAGAACAACCCUGACGUCUUCAGCAGUGAGUCUAUGGACAACCUCCAGAAGUUUGUACCUUCUCUGGGUGGUCAGAUGGGAGGUCAGUUUAUAAAUGUUGGAGGGCAUUUUGUUAGCAAAGAGGCUGGACAGCUGCACUUUGUAGGGCUACAUGCCGGAGGAGGGGCCCCUGUGCCUCCUCCAAAGCCUGGAAGCAAAGGUGCAGGAGCAGGAGGUGCAGGAGGACAAGGUGGGGGCGACCAUGGGAAAGGUGGAAAAGGAGAAGGAGCUAGUGAGUGGUCUCCACUAAAAGGAGGUGGAAGGGAUGACGCUAAGAAGCACAUUCAUGUGAAGACGUACGUGUCACCAUGGGAGAAGGCAAUGAAGGGUGAUGAAAAUCUGAUUGCCACUCUGAAAACUGCAAUGCCUGGUCCCAUUCAACAAAAGGAUAUUCCCAAGUGGAAAAGCUUCAACAGAUGUGCCAUGCCCUUCGGCGGCUUUGAGAAGGCAAACCAGUUCCUGAAAUUCCAGCUGCCAGAAACGGAGGCGACCAAAGAGGAGCCUGAACCAGCUGUGGUAUACCAACAGGACAUCGGCUGCCGGCCUUCCUUCAACCGCACCCCUAUUGGCUGGGUGGGCAGCAGUGAACCCAGCAGCAUUCAUAUGGAGACGGAUGCUGUGCCCUUCGAUGGAGAGACCGACGAGCUGUGAAAACAUAUUCAUACUGUGAUUACACUCACUGUGCUCAGACACAUACACACACGCAAGCAUGAAUGCAUGUACACACGUUAACAUGCACACACACACACACGAUAGACGGGCUUACAAUUAACUGUUAUAUUGAUGAAUUUGAAUUUCUCAAUGUGGACAACUGAACACGUACAUGAAUUGUGGUCAUGUUCUUAUUUUGCUCUGAAUUUGGUUGUAAGGUAAAGAAAAAAGCUUUAGAUGUUAUGGGGAGAUGGAGCAUCAAAGGUUUAUUUGUUAAGUUCAGAAGUUGAGUUUAAACACUCCUUUAAUUUGUCAGAAAAGUUGAUGAGAAGUUGUAGAUUUUGUCAAUGAGUUAAGAAUGAAUCACAUAUGAAGGACAAAUUCAUGUUAUGUUACUGUUUUGCACGCUGUCCUGUUGUCAACUUGUUACCAUAUUUGUUAUUUCCCAGUGCCUUUUUUGUUGUUAAGAUUAUCUGAUGUUUUGUUGAGCCAUGCAAACCCUUGCAACCUGUCUUAAUUUAAGAUGCAUGCAUAGAGUCAGUUGCUGACCCAUUGGCCUACUGUACCAACAGUUUCUCCACAAUAAACCCUUUCAAAAUGUAACAAUCCUCUUGUAGAGUGAUUAAAAUCUCAAGGGAAAAUCA